AUGACGACAGAAGUAUUACCAAACAUAACAUCAUCACAAGAUCAAGUCCUUCCUCCAGAAUACACCUUAAAUGAACCAGAACCAGAACAUUGUCCUGGUCCAGAAUCAGAAAUGGCAGGUAAGGCAGAUGCAUGUCAAGGUUGUUCCAAUAAAGAUAUAUGUGAAUCCCUUCCAAAGGGCCCUGACCCCGACAUCCCAUUAAUUACUGAGAAUUUAGCUGGUAUUCAACAUAAAAUAUUGGUACUAUCAGGGAAAGGUGGUGUUGGUAAAUCUACUUUCACCACGAUGUUAAGUUGGGCACUUUCAGCUGAUGAAGAUUUACAGGUUGGUGCAAUGGAUUUGGAUAUUUGUGGACCUUCUUUGCCUCAUAUGUUGGGUUGUACAGAGGAAGUCGUUCAUGAGUCGAAUUCCGGUUGGACGCCUGUUUAUGUGGCUGAUAAUUUGGCCGCAAUGUCUAUUCAAUUUAUGUUGCCUGAAGAUGAUUCCGCGGUCAUUUGGAGAGGUUCUAAAAAGAAUCUUUUGAUUAAAAAAUUUUUGAAAGAUGUGGAUUGGGAUUAUUUGGAUUAUUUGGUCGUAGAUACUCCACCAGGAACAUCAGAUGAACAUAUUUCAAUUAAUAAGUAUAUGCAAGAAUCAGGAAUUGAUGGAGCUCUUGUGGUAACUACUCCACAAGAAGUUGCGUUGUUGGACGUUAGAAAGGAAAUUGAUUUUUGUCAGAAGGCAGGUAUUAAAAUUUUAGGUCUUGUUGAAAAUAUGAGUGGAUUUGUUUGCCCAAAUUGUAAGGGGGAAUCGCAAAUAUUUAAGGCAACAACAGGUGGUGGUGAAGCUCUUUGUAAGGAAUUAGGUAUAAACUUCCUUGGUUCCGUACCACUAGAUCCAAGAAUAGGGAAAUGUUCUGAUUUCGGUGAAAGUUUCCUUGAUGCCUAUCCAGAAAGUCCUGCCUCAUUGGCGGUUCUAAAUGUCGUUGAAGCAUUGAGAGACGCUGUAGGUGAUAUUUAA